AUGCAAACUUCCGAAGCCGGGAUCAAGGCUCCUUCCGGCUUCCCCCUGCCUCCCUGUGCUACUUUUCACCUUUGCCCAACUGCCUACUGCUUCAUCUCUCCUAGAAACUGCAUCCAGUGCCUGGCCCAGCCCACUGAGGCUCAGGAGAAAGUGCUCAAACCAGCUCUUGUCUGCAGUUUAUUCCCCAAUGUGCCUCCAACCAUCUACUUCAGUACUCGGGAUGAGAGAGUGGAAAAGCUGCCUUGGGAGCAGAGGAAACUGCUGCGAUGGAAAAUGUGCGCAGUCACACCGAACAUAGUGAAGCAAACCGUUGGCAGGUCCCACUUCAGAGUCAGCAAAAAAAGCAGUGACUGGCUGGGUUGCUGGGGCCACCACAUGAAAUCCCCCAGCUUCAGAGCCAUCAGGGAACACCAGAAGCUAAACCACUUCCCUGGUUCAUUUCAAAUUGGGAGAAAGGACCGUCUGUGGCGCAACCUGUUGAAGAUGCAGGCUCGCUGUGGGAAAAAGGAGUUUAACUUCUUCCCCCAGUCCUUCAUCCUGCCCCAGGACAUCAAGUUACUCAGGAAAGCGUGGGAGGAAGGAGCUAGCCGCCAGAAAUGGAUUGUGAAACCACCAGCAUCAGCAAGAGGCAUUGGUAUCCAGGUCAUCCACAAAUGGAGCCAGCUCCCCAAAAGGAGACCACUGCUGGUACAGAGAUAUCUGCACAAACCCUAUCUCAUUGGUGGGAAGAAGUUUGACCUGAGGAUCUACGUUUACGUCACUUGCUAUGAUCCCCUCAGGGUCUACCUGUUCAAGGAUGGAUUGGUUCGCUUUGCUAGCUGCAAGUACUCCUCCUCGAUGAAGAGUCUCAGCAACAAGUUUGUGCACUUGACCAACUACAGUGUGAACAAGAAGAACACAGAGUACAAAUCCAACUCAGAUGAAACUGCUUGUCAGGGACACAAAUGGGCACUCAAAGCUCUCUGGAGUUACCUGACCCAGAAGGGAGUUAAUAGCGAGGCCAUCUGGGAGAAGAUUAAGGACAUCGUUAUCAAAACCAUAAUUGCAUCUGAGCCCUACGUGAACAGCCUGGUGAAGAUGUACGUGCGGCGGCCGUAUUGUUGCCAUGAGCUGUUUGGGUUUGAUAUCAUGCUGGAUGAAAACCUCAAGCCCUGGAUCUUAGAGGUCAACAUUUCCCCAAGCCUCCACUCCAACUCCCCACUGGACGUAAGCAUCAAGGGCCAGAUGAUCCGGGACCUCCUCAACCUUGCUGGCUUCAUUCUACCCAGCACGGACAGCGUUGCCUCAAGGCCACAGACAAGAAGUGGCUCUACCUGCAGUGCUUUGAAGGAGAAGCCCAAGCCAGCAUCUGAGCAUUUCAUAGCAGAAAAGAUGAAGAAGGCCUAUUACUUGACGCAGAAGAUACCUGACCAGGAUUUUUAUUCUUCUGUCUUGGACAUCCUGACCCCAGAUGAUGUUCGCAUCCUGGUGGAGACAGAGGAUGAGUAUUCCCGGCGCGGGCAGUUUGAGCGGGUGUUCCCCACCCACAUCUCCAUGCGAUACCUGCGCUUCUUCGAGCAGCCUCGUUACUUCAACAUCCUGGUGACCCAGUGGGAGCUCAAAUACUGCUUGAAUAAACGCAAAGGUCUGGAGCUACUGAAGAACUGGUGUGUCAAAGGGUACCACACUGGGGCAGGGACAGAUUUGGCCCAGACGUGGUCGUUGCCAAAGUCUUUCUUCCUCCAGAAGAACAGCAUUCAAUCAAACGGCUUCAGCAAACUGGAACUGGGCAGACUGGGCACGCUCCUCCCUUCCACUGGUGAGGACCUCACAAGAUGCCUGGAGCCCAGCCCUGCUCAGAGCUUACCUCUCAACAAGUGCACUGGUGGAGCUGACCAGAAACCUGCUGGCUGUCUCUCGGACACCGCCCUGGUGAUGUGA